AUGCUUAGUUAUCAAGUUUCAAUUUUUUCAUCAGGUGCAUCGUAUUGCAAUAACUAUAGCAGAAAUCUUUUGCAAAAAGAAUAUCCCGGUUAUGGGAAAGAUUUUGUAUUAUUUCCCGGAGAUAAAGGCGAAGAAAUGUAUGGAUAUUUAACUGAUAAAAAUUCUAAUAGAUUGGGAUUGGACAUUGUUCAAUUGUACAAUAGUUUCUUAGGUAACGCCGAAGAACUCAUCACUUUCACACUAUAUACAAGAAAAAAUCGCGAAGGUUAUACUUUCGUAAAUUUUCAAGAACUAUCUUUGAAUAUCACCAAAAAAACUAAAUUCAUAACGCACGGUUGGAUGUCUAGUGGAACAAGAAAUCUAGCCAUUGGUAUCAAAAACGCAUUUCUUCUCAAAAAAGACGUUAACGUAUUUAUUAUGGACUGGGAACCAAUUGCAGCGAAUAUCCUUUAUCCAGUACCCAUGUACAAGACGCCUGAUGUAGGUCAAGCACUUGCUCAAUUUAUUAACACACUUAUAGAGAAAAAACACUUAAAUCCAAAAGACGUUCACCUCAUCGGCCAUAGUCUAGGAGCACAUGUUGUUGGUUUUGCUGGAAGACUGGUUAAAGAAAAAGUUGGUAGGAUUACGGGAUUGGAUCCAGCACUUCCUGGUUUCGAUAUUGGGUUAGUUAAAGGAGGUCACUUGAAUCAACAAGAUGCUGAUUUUGUUGAUGUAAUACACACUUGUGCUGGUUAUUUAGGCGUUAAACAACCUAUAGGACAUGUUGAUUUCUAUCCAAAUGGGGGAAGUCCCCCACAACCCGGCUGUACCAUCUUAAAAUUUAUAGAAGCAUGUAGUCAUGGAAGAAGCUGGAUACUCUAUGCAAAUAGUAUCAAAAUGAGCCAACAUUAUUUGGGAAGGAAAUGUAAAACUUUAAAUGAUGUUCUCGAAUCUAAAUGUGAUGGGGAACACAUUUCCAUGGGAGAACCUACACCAUUCCAUGCAAGAGGAAUUUAUUAUGUCGAAACGACAGAUCAAGAUCCUUUUAUAAAGAAGACAAAUUUUAUAGAUGAUAAUAAAUUGUAA